UGGCGGGUGAAGGGCCCAGAAACUACCUGCUCCAACGCCACACUUCCCUUCACAAGCCAGAGACGCCCUCCACUACCUACGAAGGCUGACAACUGCCUACCUACCUGUCUGCCUACCUGCCCGUGAGGUUAUUAGUGCCUGCCGUAGUCUUGGGCAGGCAGAAUUUCCUCUCAUACACGAAGGUCACGCUACGUUGGUAAUUUGGAAAGAUGCUGGCGAGGCGAGGCGCGGGCAUGGUGGUGGUGGUGGGCGUGCUGGCGUGGCUAGGCGUGGGCGGCGAUGGUGUGCUGGCCGGCACUGCCCGUUCCUCCGACCCCAAGGCUGAAGGGCUCAUGUCGGAGGUGCAGCUGGACCCCAACCUGCCCCAGCUCCCCCUCGGCUACCCCGAUACGAUGCAGUCAGACAUUCCUGGACCUCCACUGAGCCCGGACGAUUUCAAGAAGGGGAAGGUGAUGGAGCACAAGGACUGGGACCCAACAAGCACCAGUGACCCCAUCGAGCUGGCGGGACUCUUCCAGGGAGACAUAAUUCUGCCCUCCGUCAGCGAAUACUUCAGUGUCAUCAACCCCGCCGACGCCCCCCAGGCCAGGAACGCUAUCAAGGACAUGACGCAGCGCUGGCCGAACGGUGUCAUCCCCUACGUCAUCUCGUCCUCCUACAACAAGCAGGAGCGGGGCAUCAUCGCCAUGGCCAUGAACAACUACCACGUCCAGACUUGCAUCCGCUUCGUCCCCCGCACCGUCGAGAGAGACUACAUCCACAUCAUCAAGGGCGACGGUUGCUCUAGCGCCGUGGGUCGGGCAGGUGGGGCACAGGCGCUGUCCCUGGGUCCCGGGUGCCUGUACGUAGGUAUUGUGAUGCACGAGUGUAUGCACGCGGCGGGCUUCUGGCACGAACAGUCACGCUCAGACCGGGACCAGUUCAUCACCAUCAACACCCCCAACAUCCAGACUGGCAUGGACUACAACUUCAAGAAAUACUCCUGGGACAUCAUCCAGAGCCUCGGGGUGGAGUAUGACCUGGGCUCGGUGAUGCACUACGGACCAUACGCCUUCGCCAAGGACCGCACGAAGCCAACUAUUAUACCCAGGGUCAAAGGGGCCGAGAUAGGACAGCGCCGGGCCUUUUCCGCCAAAGACAUCGAGAAGCUCCAGAAUCUGUACAACUGCGCCAAUACGACUAUGACGAGUGGUGUGACAGAGGCGCCGCUGCCCACUAUGCCCGUAGACCAGUGUCAGGACAACAACGAGCACUGCGCCACUUGGGCCAACAUGGGCGAGUGUCAGAAGAACCCCACUUGGAUGGACGUCAACUGCCAAAAGUCCUGCAAGAAGUGUGGUGUGCCCUGCGCGGACAACAGCGAGCACUGCGCAUACUGGACGUCAAUGGGCGAGUGCACGAUUAACGGGGAGUACAUGAGCCGCUUCUGCCGAAAGUCCUGCGGCGUGUGUCACUCAGCUGCUGACUACGAUACCACGGUUUGCGACGACAAGAACGUUCACUGCGCAGCCUGGGCCGCCAAAGGGGACUGCCGCUCCAACCCGCAGUACAUGCUCCUGUUCUGCAAGAAGGCCUGUGCCGUGUGCUGAGGCUCCAAGGGCGGCGUGCUGCGGGGGUGUUUAGGGGAAGACGAAGCUCUUUAGAUAUACACCACCGUUCUCUCUCUCUCUCUCUCCAUCAUAUGUUGUAAAUGGAAAAAUGGGGAAUUAUUUGUAUGGAUGGAGAGAGCUCAGGGAAAUAAAGGAAAAAAAUAGAGAAAUAUUGUAUGUGUUUGCAUGUAGUAAUGGUGGUGGUAGUAGUAGUAGUAGUAGCAUGAUUACUUUAUUACUAUUACUAUCAUUACAACUACUACUGGUAUUAUCAAGAUCUUUGUUAUUAUUGUUAUUAUUAUUAUUAUUAUUAUUAUUAUUAUUAUUAUUAUUAUUAUUACUAUUAUUACUAUUAUUACUGUCAGUGUCAUUACCACCAUUAUCAUCAUUAUCAUCUGGUCACGUCAAGAGCUUUUGUUUAUCUUAUCAUUAAAUAUUAGUGUUCAAUAUUUUCUUCUCUUAUCAUCGGCGUUUCAAAAUCUUGAGGACUUGUUUACUAGUACGCAUGAUUAUAAGUCUUUUGGGGCAGAGAAAUUCAUGGCCAGCACACGAUUUAUGAAUUUUUAGAUUAUGUUCAUUAGUGUUAAAAGAAGUGAUCCAAUCUUAUACUAAGGAACUUGCUGUAACAUUCUAAUCAACAUAAUUGAUCUAAGCCAAUACGUGAUGUGCCCAGCAUGAUUUUUCUGGCACAUGAAUGGACGAGGAGGUGCAGGGGAGGAAGAGGCAGGUCGCAGUUGAAAGGGUCGGGUCCACAGCAGGAGGAAGGGUGAUGAAUGGACGUGGAGGUGCUGGGGAGGAGGAAGGAGCAGGUCACAGCUGAAAGGGUCGGGUCCACAGCAGGAAGAAGGGUUGAUGAAUGACCGAGGAGGUGCAGGGGAGGAGGAAGGGACAGGUCACAGUUGAAAGGGUCGGGUCCACAGCAGGAAGAAGGGUGAUGAAUGGCCGAGGAGGUGCAAGGGAGGAGGAAGGAGCAGGUCACAGUUGAAAGGGUCGGGUCCACAGCAGGAAGAAGGGUGAUGAAUGGCUGAGGAAGUGUAGGGGAGGAGGAGGAAGGGGCAGGUCACAGUUGAAAGGGUCGGGUCCACAGCAGGAAGGGUGAUGAAUGGACGUGGAGGUGCAGGGGAGGAGGAAGAGAGGAGGAUCAGAGUUGAGGAUGUUGAAUUGUCUUAAAGGGGAACUUUGCAAGAAGAGACUGUUUUAGGGGGCUAUAAAACAAGUCAUACAGUGAUCCGGUAAUUAUAAACAUCGAUAAAACUAUAAAGCCAAAGGGAUAAAAUACAUUUAUUUAUAUAUUUUCUUGAUGUAGGAAUGUAUGUAUUUACUACUCGGUCUAUAUUGAGUAUGUUGGCCUGGGCUUUCACUAUUAUUAUUAUUAUUAUUAUUCAGGGAAAUUAUUGAUAUAGACCCAAACAGUCCCCUUGAUGAGUAGACAUGGAUAUGAAAGUUGACAGUAAUAGCAAAGUAAGAAUAAAAAAGGGGGGUGAAGGAAGGUAAUGAGGUAAGAUCUUAUUCUGGCUAUGAAUGGCUGCAAAAAUAUGUCUGCGUACAAGAUUACGUUCUCGUUUAGCUGUAUGCAGAGACAAAUUAGAGUGGCCAUUAACUUGAGCAGGAUUAAUGACAAAAGUGACCUGACCUGACCUGACCUGACUCCAAUGCAAUGCUUCCUAUUGACCCAGCAUAACUUCUCUUAAGACCUCGGCAAAAUUCACAUCACAUGGUAAGAAUACCUUUCUGGCAAACUGCUUCAUGACACUUUAUUUCCUUGGCUCACGUGAUUUUAAGGCAGUUUUCGGGUCUUCAUGCCUUUCGUAGUUUCAAGGCAGUUCUCGAGUCUUCACAGCUUCCAUAGUUUCAAGAAAGUUCUCGAGUCUUCACGGGUUUUGUAGUGUCAGGGUAGUUCUCGAGUCUUUGUGGUUUUCAUAGAUUCAAGGUAGUUCUUGGGGUCUCUACUUUUCAUAGUUUCAAGGUAGUUCUCGGGUCUGUACUUUUCAUAGUUUCAAGGUAGUUCUCAAGUCUUCACGGUUUUUUGUAGUAUCAGGGCAGUUCUUGGGUCUUUGUACUUUUCGUAGUUUCGAGGCAAUGCUCGGGUUUUCAUUCCUUUAGUAGUUUCAAGGCAGUGGAAAUGAGUUGUAUAAGAGGUGCAUGUGGUGCCUCAGGAUGGGAUGGAGAAAGUCAUGAAAGAAUGUAUGAGAGGUUUGGUGUGGGUGUGACAGUGAAAGGAGUGAAUUGAGGAGUGGUGGAAUAUGUGAAGCGUAGUGCACUGAGAUGGUUUGGGCACAUGAUGAGAACGAAGGAAAAUUAAUUUGUGAAGAGAGUGUAUGAGGGAAGGAUUGGGGGAGGGGGUGUCGGGGGUAGACCGUGUCAAGUGGAUCAACAUGGAGAAAUGGAGACACUUCUGCUGCAACCACCCCCUGGAGGAUAUUAAAUGCAAGGAUGUUGUAAGAAGUUUUAUUGACCUGAGUUUAACCAUAAGGCAGUGACUGCCCCUUUACCACCUACUGCUACAUAAUAGAGGAGUGUAAAGGCGGCAUCACACAGGGCAAAUUUCUCCCAACAUGUUGCUCGUUUUGGUUGGCGGUUGCGCAAAAUGAACAACCACCAACAAGAUUUGGCGGAUUGGGAAAGAUGGACAACGGUUGUGUUACCAGACUGGUUGGGAGAAAUCGGGGUCAAAUGACAUUCGUGCUAUAAGCUGUAAAUGUAAAUUGAAAAUCAAUCAUCAUACAUAUUUACUCAAAUUGUCAACUCCAAAAACCAACGUACAUGUGCAAGUAUGUGCUUGUGAUUUAUUUGUCCACUGUGUAAAGUUAUUUAUAACACUCAAUUGACUGUGCUGGUGUGCUGGGUGGAGUCUGUGCCUGGCGUGAGAUAAACAAACUGUUUACAAUGCAAUGCAGCAGCACAAUCUUCUAUAACCUCAAUAUCCUUCCGAGUCAUGGUAGAGUGGCUGGAGAGAUGCUGGCGUGGUGUUUGCUGCUGGAGCGCAGCGUCAACACAACAGUUCAGGGUCAGAAGUGUGAUGCACAACAUGGUUGGUUGAUGAUAUCAUCAACAAAAACGAGCAAUAUGUUGGGAGAAAUUUGCCCUGUGACGCCGCCUUAAGGCACUGACAAGCAGAGUAGCAUGUUUAACAGGUAGUGUUGCAAUGAAUAUUUACAAAUGUAUUAAUGUGACCCCUUUCACAGUAUACAUAGAGACUGAUAUAGAUGGAUAGACAUGCUUUUUUCUGACAUCUUGUUGUUAUUCAUCUUUCUUUAUAACCAUUCCUCACAGAAAUGGCUGAAUGGAGAGGGAAGGGGUAGAGGAAGUCCCCCACCCACCUCCCUAGGAUGAGGUGAGACUGGUAGUUUUAAAUAUUUACCAAAACGGGUGAGGGUAUGGCAGAAGAAUUAAGCAUGAAAAAUAACUAUGAACUGCAAGAAAGAGAUAUUUCAGCCAAUCUAGUACUGACCAAGUAGUAUAAGUAGUUGCAGUGAUGGUAAUGUUGGUAGUUGUGGGAGUGAUACAAGUAGAAAAAUUAUUAAUGAUACCUUCUCUAUAAUUUGGUGAUAUUAUUUUCAGGUAAAGAAGAAAGAAGAAGAAAUGGGUUUAAGUAGGGUGGUGAGGAGUAGACAAAGCCCCCCCACCUACCCACUGUUAACCCGGUAGCAGCAACGGGCCAAAUUUGUGGCUUUACCGUGUAGCAGCGACGGCCCAAAUUUGUGCCAUGAUAUAAACCCCCAAAAACAGAGGAUACAUAAUCUGAUCAGAAAUGCUUUGAAAUAUAUUUUUAAAUGGUUUGUGUGAGGUGUGAUUUUUUCUCAUUUUUGUCACUUGGAGGGACCAUUAAGAAACAUGAUCCCCGCUGCUACUGGGUUAAGAGGCGAGACGGGUGAAGAGUUUAAGACGUUUACCAAAAUGGGUGAGGGUAUGGCGGGCACGAGCGCUACCCAUUCAUGUAUCAGUGACGUGGGAAAGAAGAGAUAUUGCAGUGGAUCUACUACUACCCAAAGAACCAGAUAUAGCUGAAGAAACCAUCUUAAUAUAUGUGUCCCUUAGGCAUGAGGAACCACAUGACACUUGAAUUCAAAAUAUUAGAAGGAAGAGAAGAACAGAGAGAUGGACUUGACAAAAUUGGAGGAAGAUUCAACAAGAGGAUGAGUGAUGUUAGUGGUUUUGUGAAAUUCUUUAAGGAAGCAGACUGGAGCAUAUUUGAUGAGACCAGCAAUGUACAAGAAAGAGACAUGUUUUCUAAAAAUGUACAAAGGAGUGGAAAAAAUGUGCUAAGGGUAAAGCCAUAUGUAGUAGUGGUGGUGGUAGUCAUGAUGGUGGUAGAAAGAAUAUUAUUAAUGAUACCUUCUCUAAAAUCUGGUGAUAUUUUCAGUUAAAGAUGAUGAACUACAAGGAGAGGAUGAAGAUGAAGGAAGAUGAUAAUGACGAGGAGGGAACAAGACAAAAGAUGAAGAGGGAAGAAGACAAAAGAUGAAGAAGGGAGGAAGACAAAGGACGAGGAGGAGGUAGGAAGACGAAGGACGAGGAGGAGGGAGGAAGACGAAGGACGAGGAGGAGGGAGGAAGACAAAGGACGAGGAGGAGGGAGGAAGAUGAAGGACGAGGAGGAGGGAGGAAGACGAAGGACGAGGAGGAGGGAGGAAGACAAAGGA